AUGACCAUCCCAGUCGUCAGCAUCCCGCCGGAAUCCCGCACGCCCUACGUCCUCCCUCAGCUGGCGGGUGAAAAGCUCAACCUGCCAGGUUGGAACGGCGUCUUCCGCAUUCUCGCCUCUUCAAAGCAGACAAAUGGCGGCCUCGCUGUCAUGGCCGGCGGUGCGAUUAUGUCUGACCCCCCAGGCUUCCAUUGGCACGAAACAGCCCACGAUAUCUUCAUGGUGACCAAGGGCUAUGUGAAGCUGUGGGUCGGUGACAAGUGCCGCAUUCUAGCUCCAGGCGAUUUUGCCUACGCGCCGCCGAAAGUCAUCCAUAACCCCCAGUGGAUUGGGCCUCACACCGAGUCGUUCUGUCUUGUUGCCCCCGGCGACUGGAUUGACUUCUUCCGCUUCUCGAGCAUUCCAUUCGAUGGCCUGGUCCUCCCAGAGAACUCGCAGAUAAGAGAUGAAGAGAAGAUGAUUGAAAUGAUGUUGGCUGCUAAGGAUAAGUUCGACGUACACUAUGUUAUGCCUCAUCACAACUAUCAUGUCCCUGAAUUCGGCGAGUGGCUUGAAACGGAGAAUAAGCUGGGUGAGCCUGGUCAACCAUACUUUCUCCGGGGAAACACCGGACCGCGAUGGAUGUCCGGCGGUGUUAUGUCUCGUCCAUUCAUCCUCGCCAGUCAGAAUGGAGGGAGAUUCGCCAUUUCAAGCAUUGAAUCGUCAAGCACCUACAAAAACACAUUCUUCGAAUCAUACAUCAAGUUCGCGACCAUCGAUCACUGUCUUUUCAUCGUCGAGGGCAAGCUGAGAGUCGAGCUACAAGGCUCAUCGGGUGUGAACGAGCUUCACGACGGUGAGACGGUGGUUAUCUCGGCCGGUCAAGGCUUCAAGCUGGACUUUGCAUCGCCCUUUGUCAAGUUCUUUUCAGUCGCAAAUGGUCGGGGCAUUGAGACCUUGAUCCAGGAUUCUGGCGCACCAUUUGAGGGUAUGGUUCUGCCGGAUAAGGCUGGGGAGCUGGACUCUGCUGCGCUUGCUCGCGUUGCCAAGGAGAUUAAUGCUACCAUUGAGUAG